UUCAUAUAAAAAUAAACAAGAACACGUGAUUGUAAGAAAAAUUAAGAAAAUAUAAUUUAUAUUUUAUAAUGCCUAAUAUCAAGAAAAGUAUGGAAAAAUUAAAACAUCCCAAUAGUAGAAAAACCACUUCCCUAGCCAAGAAGAUGAAGAAAAGCGAAAAAAGAGGUCAGAGUAAGUUAGGAACACACAUUAAGCAAAACAUAAUCGGGGAAAAAAUUAUGUGGUUUAAAGAGAGAUUACCUGAAGAAUGUACUGUUUUAAAUAAAAAACAGACUUUGCAGUUAAUAGAGACAUAUUUAUCUAGAUUUGACGAGGAAUUAGAACAAAUUACGUUAAAAAAUUCCGUUGGACAGAGAAAAAAUCGCCAACAUGCUAGUAGGGAAGACAUAAUAAAUAUAACGAAGAAAAACGAACACGAAGAGUUCGAAACAUGUGGUUUAGAGAUGCCAGAUCUUAUGGACCAGCGUCAAAUGGAAGUUUUAAAGUCAUGGAAUGGGGAACUCAGAUUUUUACAACAUUUUAAACUUCGAAGAAUUGCUAGAAAACAGUUAGUGUAGCAUCAAUAUAUUUAUUAAAAA